ACUGUAUGGUUAACACUACAAAUCAAACACCGAAGUGCCGCUACUCUGUCGCUUAUUUAAGCUGCUGCUGCUCUUCUCCAAAGAGCGGUGUAAGGAGAGCUUCCUCAACCUGCAGCCAUGCCGGAAGAUGGUAAAAGCAUGAAGGUGAGAGUGGAGAGGUCAAAGAUCGUCAAGCCUUUACACAAAGGUGAGCCGACUUCCACCUGUCUUCAUGUACCCUUGAGCGUCUUCGACAAGAUCACCUACGACACCCACAUGGCCGUCAUCUACGCCUUCCGGCCGCCCACCCCCUCGAACACCGACAUCGAGAAGGGGCUGGCCACUGUGCUCUCCGAGUACCGGGAGUGGGCGGGGCGGCUCGGGGAGGACGCCCGAGGCGAACCUGUGGUCCUCCUUAACGACGCCGGUGCGCAGGUCUUCCAGGCGUCGUCGGACGCGCCGCUCGACGUGGCUGGACUUCUUAAGCCCUCGCCGGCUCUGCUGACCCUGCAUCCGGGGAUACAGGGGGUGGAGGAGCUGGUGCAGGUGCAGCUCACGAGGUUCGCCUGCGGAAGCCUAGUCGUGGGAUUCACGGCGCACCACCUGGUGGCCGACGGCCACGCCGCCAGCAAAUUCCUGGUCGCGUGGGGCGCCGCGACACGGGGCCUUCCUAUCCACCCCAUCCCCUUUCGCGGCCGCUCCGCCUUGUUCGUCCCUCGCGAACCACCUCGCGUCGAGUUCCAGCACCGGGGAGCGGAGUUCACCACCAAGAAGAUGUUCAACGCCAAGGACGACCCCCUAAAGGACGACAUCGUCGUCCACAAGGCGCACUUCACCAAGCCCUUCCUGACCGCUCUCAAGACCAAGGCUUCGCUGGGGAGCAAGAGGCAGUACAGCACGUUCGAGAGCUUGGUAGCCCACUUAUGGAGGGUCAUCAGCAAGGCUCGCGGACUCGACGAGCGCACCACCAGCGACGUCCGCAUCUCCGUCGACGGCCGCAGGAGGCUGAGCCCCCCGGUCCCGGACGAGUACUUGGGCAACCUGGUGCUGUGGGCGUUCCCUCGCACGCAGGUGGGGGAGCUCAUCAACAGCCCAUUACAGUACGCGGCGGCGCUCAUUCACGAAGGCAUCGAGAGGGUGGACGACCGGUACUUCAGGUCGUUCAUCGACUUCGCGAAAUCGGCGGCGGUGGAGGCGGAGGGUCUGGUGACGACGGCGGACAUGAACGAGUGGGUGGUCAGCCCCAACUUGGAGGUGCACAGUUGGUUGAGAUUUCCCUUCUAUGACGUGAACUUUGGCGGUGGGACUCCUUUCUGCUUCAUGCCGACCUACUCACCAGUGGAGGGGAUGCUGGUCCUGCUUCCAUCCACGGUUGGAGAUGGAAGCAUCGAAGUUUACGUGCCUCUCUUCAACCACAACUUGGCCACCUUCAAGCACCUCUGUUGUUUACUCGACUAAUUUGUCACAGGUUUCAACAGGUCGUAUGUGGGUGGGAGAUUUCUGAGGAAACAUGCAUGGCGUUAGAAAGGGAAAGGGACAAAGAGAGCAUUCAUAAGAUAUGCUGAGAAAAGCAGCAGGGAAGAAGACUAAGACUUGCAGAUAAUGUUUGGUCAUGUAUACUUUACUUUAUGCAUGGUAGGGCAUGCAUAUGUGCUUGAUAAUGAAUAGUGCUCAAUUAAGUUGAUGGAAUUGAA